AUGUACAAUUUUCAAGGAAGGUUGAACCUCCAAUCAGAGGAUGAACUCAAACUCAACCUCCUGAUGUCAUGUUGUCAAGCACAGCUGGAUGGCAUUAUUGUAAAUCAGACCAAGAACCUUGGACAUUUGCUCAAAGGUCCAACGGUCAUUAAAGUUGUUUUGUUCAUGGAUAGAGCUACUUCAAGGUGGAUCGGUUAGGAUGUGUGGAAUUCCUAAUGUGAUCAUUGGGGAACUCAAGGGUUCAAAAAGAAGAGCAUACAAGCAAAAACAAACCGAGCAUCUAACUGUAGAGGUUUUGGAGGGUCUCUUCACACUUGUGGCUCUAUCACCACAUCCAAACUAUAUUCAAUGUAUGUGUGGUUGACGGAUUUGAGUGGCAUCCCUCCUAGUCAUUCAGAUUUGCUUCUCCACACACAUAAAUGUGGCAAGGAUAAAACUUGGGUUGAUAAAAUAUCAGAAUAUGUUCAUGAAAAAUUUAAAUGCAGGUUGGAAGAAUUGACCCAAGAAACAACUUCACAAGGAACUCCUCCACCAAAUGAAUUAGAUGUGUGGUGUGAGAUUGCGGGAAUAAAAAGAAGACGAGUAUAUGGUCUCGGAAUGGAAUCUACUAUAUUAUUAGGGAGACCAUAUUAUCGUGGGUCAUGUUCUUCACCAACAUAGUGGUUUCAAAGACAUGAAUUUGAAGAAAUGGGAAAUGAAAAAGAUCAACAAAUACAUGAAUUUAAAGAAAUGAAAAAUGAAAGAGAUCAACUUCGAGAGGAAUUGGCUAAUAUAAACUAAGCAGUUGAGUGCAACAACCACUUGAUAAAACAACUGAUGAAUAGCUUGAACUUUAAACGCAUGUCAUAUACUAGAGAUCAAAUUCAUGAAGAUGGGAUUGGUGAUAAUGAUGAUGAGAUUAGUGAUCAUAAUGCUAGUGGUUUUGAUGAUGAGAUUGGUGAUAAUGGUGUUCGUGAUCAUGAUGAUGAAGAGUUAGAUGAAUAGUUAUAAGUUAAUCUAAAGAAUCAAUAUGUUGCAAUUUGUUAUGACUAAAUAUAUUAUGUUUAAACUAAAAUUUUCUCUGUAUUAUUUUGAGUACUUAAAAAU